CAAGCAGUAGGAGCCGCGUAGGAGCCGCGUGGAACAGUGGGAGCGGCGCGAGAAAAGAGGAGCUUGGUGGCGCGGGUGCGGUGGUAGUAGUGGCGGCCGAGCUAGCAGCAGCAGGGCAGGCUGCCGCGACCGACUGGGAGGGAGCCGAGUGGGAGUGCGUGUACUACUGCUACUACGCUGGUGAGUGAGGACGUGGGAGGGGAGGGAGGGAGCUGAGCUGAGGGAAAGAAAGGGACGGCAGCAGGAGCACAGCACACAGGCGCACACGCGCGCACACUGCACCACACACGCCACAAGCGUUAUUUUAAGGGCGGCGCAACCACUGUUGUCGCCUCCCUCCAUCCACACUCGGGAGGCCUCCUACUCCUACCCUCGCUGAAGCUCUGUCUCUCGCGCGCGCUUCCCUCCCACUCCCACCACUGGACAGAGAGAGAGAGAGAGAGAGAGAGAGAGAGAGAGAGAGGAGGGUCAGUGGAGGGCGGGCUAGGGAAGCUACGCCGCCACAGACGUUAACAGCGUCGGGGGGAAGCACGGAAGCGGGUGGCAAUGGCGACCGGCGGCAGCGGGAGCGACGAUGUCCACGGGCUCACGUUUGGCAAGAAGAUCUACUUCGAGCAGGACGCGGCCGUCGCCGCCGCAGGCGGAAGCGGGAGCGGGAGCGCGACUGCGGCGGCGGGCGGCAGGAAGGGGAAGGGCGUGGCCACCGGUGGCGGCAGGCCGGCGUCCGCCAGCGCCGCCUCUGCCACCCAGCCGCCGAGGUGCCAGGUGGAUGGGUGCGGCGUGGAUCUGAGCGCCGUCAAGCAGUACUACUGCCGCCACAAGGUGUGCUACAUGCACUCCAAGGAGCCGCGCGUCGUCGUCGCCGGCAUCGAGCAGCGCUUCUGCCAACAGUGCAGCAGGUUCCACCAGUUACCUGAAUUUGACCAAGGGAAACGUAGCUGCCGCCGACGCCUCAUUGGUCACAAUGAGCGCCGGAGGAAGCCACCACCUGGACCUCUCACUUCACGAUAUGGCCGGCUUGCUGCAUCAUUUCAAGAGCCUGGUAGGUUCAGAAGCUUCCUGCUUGACUUCUCGUACCCAAGGGUUCCAAGCAGCGUGAGAGAUGCGUGGCAAGGAGUUCAGCCCGGCGGCGACAGGAUGCUGGGUACCAUCCAGUGGCAUGGGAACCAAGAACCUCACCCACACCGCAGUGCAGCUGCGGGCUAUGGCAACCAUGCAUACAACUGCCAUGGUGGCUUGGUGGCAGGGGCUUCCAUGCUCCCCUCUGCCUUUGAGCUCCCGCCCGGCGGAUGUGUUGCAGGAGUUACCACCGACUCCAGCUGUGCUCUCUCUCUUCUGUCAACUCAGCCAUGGGAUACAACCCCCCAAAGUGGCAGCCACAACCGGUCCCCAGCAAUGUCCGCCGCGGCCAGCGCCUUCGAAGGCACCCCGGUGGCGCCGUCCGUCAUGGCGAGCAGCUACACGGCGUCAAGCACCUGGACGGCCUCACGGGACCCUGCCGACGGUGCCAGGAACGCGCAGCAGCAUCACGAUGAUGCUCUGCACCUGGUCCAUCCAGGCCCGGUCCACCACGGCCACUUCUCCGGCGAGCUCGAGCUCGCCCUGCAGGGAAGCGGGCCACCGCCGCCGCCAAACAUGCCGCACGUCGACCAUGGCAGCUCCAGCGGCACCUUCAGCCAUUCCACCACCAACGCAAUGAACUGGUCCCUGUAGGGACACAACUUUUCCCAGCAAGCACUGCCGCCUUCUUCGUCCGGUCGUCACGCCACGAGACAUGGAGCACUUGGUCACCCUGGUUUUGUGCGCCUUACAUUGCCGUUCUGGGUUUUUUUUCAGGGUGGAACUGGGGAUUCCUAACCGUAGACCGUGAAUUCCCUUCUCGUGUAGCCCAUUGCGUCCAUGAACUCGGUCCAACACCUGAUUUGAUCCUAUAAUUGUAGAACUCCUGUAGCCUAAAUUAUUAUUCAGUUAUGAAGAUGCUUGUCAAGUGACCUGUUUUUAUCCAUCA